CGUGUCUGUCCGUCCUUAUCGAUCGCACUAAAGUCACCCACCCAUUCAUUAAUGCAACCUUGGCCUGCUUAAGGACCUACCAAAACUUACCAAAAGACAACCUACCCACCUUCGAGACCCUCUAUUCUUCUAUUUAACAUAGUAAAUUCCGCCUUAUUACAACCUACAUAGACACUAAGGUACAGGAUACACGACACCGGAAUCGACAAACAAUUAUCAUCGUCAUCUUGUUAUCUCAUUCAAAAUCAUUAGACGUAAAUCGAGAGCUGGUCAUCCCGGCUGGGGUAACUCAGCCGCCUUUGGGGGUUUUUAUUGUGUCGCAUUUAGUGCUCUGGUUAUCAUUUGGUAUCGUCCGUCUGUUGUCUGUUGUCUGUUCGAGUAGAAACCUUUCGAUUCUCGUAUCGCCAUCCCUUACCGAAUCGUCAUCAUGUCUACGAACCCUCCGCCAAGUGUCCAUGUCAACGAAGAUAUCCCUCAGAAUGAAGGAUCAAAACUCAAGACCUUCAUCUCCAUCUUACGGAAAUUCAUAGGUGUCGCAGAUCUUGCGGCCGUGCGUUUCUCUCUCCCAUCCCAGCUCCUCGAACCGACUCCCAACCUAGAAUAUUGGAACUACCUCGACAAUCCCAGCGCAUUUGCCGCAAUAGGCACUUCCGACGAGCCUCUAGAUCGUAUGCUCGAAGUUUUACGUUUCUGGUUUACCAAGGACCUCAAAUAUGUUAAGGGGAAGCCGUGCAAACCCUAUAACUCCUGCCUAGGAGAAUUCUUCCGGUGUAAUUGGGAAGCUGAGGAUAAUGCACCGCGAAUCGACACCAAGAGUUUGACAAAUUCUAGUAGCGGAAAUGCCAGCAGCUCGUCCUCCGUCAAGUCGAGUAAGAAUAACGGCGUUGACCCGAAAGCGGCAUCUACCGUAUCCGUCGUACAGACUGCCACAGCCCCCACCGGUCCUACCGUUAGGAUAUCAUACUUAACCGAACAAACCUCCCAUCACCCUCCCGUCAGUGCCUUCUAUGUCAGCUGUCCCGAAAAAGGGUUGCACGCGAGGGGGUUCGAUCAGAUUAGUGCUAAAUUCACUGGUACCGCUAUUAAAGUGUCCCCGGGAGAGCAUAAUCUUGGAAUUUUCAUCACCCUCGAACGAAGGGAUAACGAGACAUACCAGCUAAAGCACCCUGCCGCACAUCUUGGUGGAAUCCUGCGUGGUGCUUUGAGCGUCAGCGUUGGCGACAGUGCUUAUGUUACCUGCCCUCGAACGAAAUUAAAAGCGAUCCUACACUAUAUCGAGGAUGGUUGGCUUGGCCGGGCACAAAAUAAGGUCGAGGGUGUCAUUUUCAAGUAUGAUCCAGAGAAGGACGACAAGAUCCGCAUCAAGGAUGUGCCCGACUCGGAUGUUGUGGCAAGGCUCGGUGGUGCAUGGAAAGAUAGAGUCGUGUUUACUCUAGGUCCGAAACCAUUGGACUCUCACCCACCAGACAAGCAAACUACUAUAAUUGAUCUUAACCCUCUUACUGUAGCUCCCAAAGCGAUACCACCGAAGGAGAAACAAGCAGAGAACGAGUCCUUGACCCUAUGGGAUGGUGUAACUCAAGCUAUAAUGUCGAAACAAUUCUCAAAGGCCACUAAUGUCAAGAUAGAGCUCGAAGAAAAGCAACGACAGAAGGCUAGGGAUCGUGAGCAGAAGAAUGAAACUUGGAAACCCAUCUUCUUCGACCAAGUCACCGACAAACGAGGCACUCCUGACCUUACAGAUAAGGGCCGCCAAGUACUCGAUAGGGCGCAAAAGGGUGAUUGGAAUUUAGAGGGUAUCAUUUAGAACGGGGUCAACAGGUCUAUACUCGAUUCGUCAUCGCCCAGGUAUAGAAACACUCGCUGGGCACAAUUAUCACCAUCACCACUACCACCACCACAACCAUAACCAUCCUACAUCAACCACAUCACACACAAUCAUUGGUUUGCGAUACAUGAUGCUUUUUUGAAUGGAUUCACUCGCAUAUAUACGCACAUACAUACACCGAGCAUGGGGGAUUAGGCAUAACAGCUUUGGUUUUCAGAAGCCGUACGUGGAGUUCUGCGCAUUCAUCCGAUGCCUGAUUGUUUUGCCUCUUGCUUGUUUCACCGGUAGACACAGAUUUACAGUUUUCAGAGGGCGUUCUAGGGGCAUGUAGAAGAUGAUAGAUAGGUCUUCUCUUAGCAGCUGUCCAUCAAGACAUUCUUAUUAUUAUUAGGCUUGGCCAUUUAGGGGUCUUUCGUUUGAUAUAAUAUGGGUUCUGGACCUGCUAAUAUACUACUACUAUGCGUGUCUUUCACGUGUAAAAAA